AUGUCAGUCCAGAGCAAUUUUAAAAGCCACCAAGAAAUCUGGAGAAGCCACCAGAUGAGAAACUGCUUGAAAACUUCUGAAGCAAACAGUAUGGUCUCCCUUCUGGCAACAAGUAGCAGUUAUGUGAAGUCACCCAGGUCCUUGACUAUGAAUUUAGAACCUUUUGAGUUCACAGAGUCUCUACUUGGGAUGAUUGUGUUCAUAUGGCUUGACUAUAGACUGCCAUUCACUGUCAAGCUUUUAAAAGGGAAGAAACUUUUAGGCUCACUGUGCUUCAAACUACUACUGGAUCUUAUUUUGGAACUAUGGUAG